CCCUCUCUCUCUCUCUGAAUUAAACAAGGAAGUGAUUAGGCUCAUGUUCUACUGUAGUUCCAACCUAAGUAAGCCUGACCGGUGCAUGUCAAUGAGCAGCAGUUUCUCCAGCAGCUCGGGCCAUAUAAAAACAUUUCCCCCACCAUGGCAGCAGUAGCCUUGGAGCUGUUUCCAUUCACUGACCGAGGAGGCCCUUUCAGCCACAUGGAGAAGGACUUGGCUGCGCUCGUCUCGGGACAUACGUUAGCGGUUAGACUUCGCUACCUAGAGGGGAAUGUAAAACAGGAGCAGGUGUAACGGGAGGCAUAGGAGGACUGUCCUAACGCCCCGGCGGGCGGGAAGCCAUCAGCCGCUAUUAGGUCAACGCUCCCAUUUUAUCUUGCAGAGCUGCACUUGACUCUUUGGCUCCAUGGCGCAGCGCUCCGCUCACCCCGCCGCCCCCAUCGCGCUGCUGCUCUUCGGACUUGUUGCCAUCCUGCUCCUGACUAUCCCCACCCAAGACGUCCAGGAGGCACCGGGGUUCAUGUAUGGGAUUGUCUUGGAUGCUGGAUCUUCGCACACAGCUUUGUAUAUAUACAAGUGGCCAGCAGAUAAGCAAAACGGCACAGGCGUGGUCACCCAGCACACUGAAUGUCAUGUUAAGGGUGGAGGGAUCUCCAGCUAUGCAGGCGCUCAGGGAGCAGCAGGGCAGAGCUUAGAGACAUGUCUGGACCAGGCAGUGAAGGACAUCCCUAAAGAAAGACACCAGCUCACACCUGUGUACCUGGGAGCCACAGCUGGCAUGAGGCUUCUAAGGAUCUCAAACCCAGAGCUGGCAGCUCAGAUUCUGCAGGAAGUGGGCCACAAAAUCCAGUCCUACCCUUUCAGCUACCAGGGGGCGGCCAUACUGAGCGGUCAGGAGGAGGGGGCGUACGGCUGGGUCACUGUCAACUAUCUCUUAGAGAACUUUAUAAAGUAUGGUUUUGUGGGGCGCUGGUUCAGCCCCGGCAGGCCCACAGUGGGAGCGCUUGAUUUAGGAGGGGCGUCCACUCAGAUAACGUUUGCUACUCAGGAGGAAGUAGAAGACGAACACGACAUGAUAAAGCUGCAUCUUUAUGGGCAGAAAUACUCUCUGUACACACACAGCUUCCUGUGCUACGGGCAGGACCAGGUCCUCAAGAGACUGCUGGCGCGUAUAGUGAAGUCUCAGGGCUACUCUGGGUCAGUCAUUCACCCCUGCUAUCCUGCAGGCCACAAUCGAACUUUAAAGUUGAACAGUAUAUUCAAUUCUCCGUGUACAGCAGAGCACAAACCCAGCUCCUACAACUCCCAGGCCUCCCUGAAAGUACAAGGCAGUGGACAUUAUGAACACUGUCUGAGCAACGUGUCUGAGAUCUUCUCCUUCGACAGCUGCCCUUUCUCCCAGUGCUCCUUUGAUAAAGUCUUCCAGCCCAAUGUCACCGGCAGCUUCAUGGCGUUCUCUGCAUUCUUCUACAUUCACUCCUUCCUACAGCACACCACCGGUAUCACCGCGAAAACUCCGUCACAACUGGAAGAAGCAGCCAAAACUGUGUGCUCGAUGACUUUCAACCAACUGCUGCUUCUGGCUCCACAGCAAAAGUCUCGUUUGCAGGACUACUGUGCUUCCUCUGUGUUUGUUAAGAUUCUCAUGUUGAGAGGUUACAGCUUCGAUGAGACGUCGUUCCCACGCAUUUCCUUCCAGAAGAAGGCAGGGGAUGCCUCGGUGGGUUGGGCUCUGGGCUACAUGCUGAGUUUGAGCAGUUUGCUGCCGGCAGAGACGGUGGGGCUGAGGAAGGCCCUGACCCUGGGAGCGUGGGGAGCGCUUCUCUUUCUCUUUGUCCUCCAGCUUGCAGCAGUCCUGGUCUUUGUCUUACUCCGAGCUUGUGUUGGGAAGAAGAAAGGAGGCAGUGAAAGCACCAUCUAGAUACUGUAACAAACAUACAGUGCAGUCAGAAAACACUAAGACAGUCAUAGGUUUUUGUUUGUGUUGGCUCUAUACUGUGAUUGCAAAGGAUUUGACUAAUAUUGCAUAAUUAGAAUCACAGUUAUGUUGGCUUUCUGUUUACUCUUUGUAUCCUAAAAUUACAGGGCUGUAUAAAAACGGCCUUAAUGUAAGUCUUUUUUUAAAUUUCAAAUCAAAUGUACUGGAGGACAGAGCCAACACAAACUGGGAAACUUUGUCCCUGACCAAGAAGAACGUAGGACUCCCCUGGUCUCCUGGUGGCACUGGCACUAUAGGGGAGGUAUCAAUGUCAUUUUUAUUCUUGAAAAGUCAAACCAUUUUUUUUAUAUGUAGAAUGUAAAGAAUGUAAAAGCUUUUGGGUUUUUUUGUAGGAAAUGUGACUGUAUUCUUAAGCAUGUAUGUAAUCAAGCACUGUUACACAAAGGUGUUUUAGGUGACAGUUUUAUUCUGCCCAGGUUAACUUUAAGUAAUCAACAAGAGUUUUUUUUCUUUCUUUUUUUACGUUUGUUGCCAGAGACAGACUCCAGUCUCUGGAAAAAUUAAAGCUGGAUCAGUCUCUUCAAAACUGUCAUUGUGAUGUUUUUUUCUUAUAAAUUUUGUGUCACAUGGAGGAGUUUCUUAACUACUUUUGAGUUUUAUUGUGUAAAGACAGAAAACAGAAAAACAAGCAUGGGAUGUUUUAACAAAGGAUUUAAUGGUCAAAUUUGCGUUUUCAUAAUACAGAUUGAUAUCAGAUAGAAAAGAGCUCAUGAAUCACUCCCAUACAUUUUUAUUUCUUGAUGUCUGUUUUAAAAUGUAGGAUGACAGUUGUUGCUGAUACAGUAGUUUAAGUUAAACUAGAAUACCAAAUUCCCCAUUGAUAUACAGAGAGGAAUGAUGUGUCAUUAUGUUAAUGUUUGAAUUUUUAAUUAACUUGAAUCUAAUCUGCCAAAAAACAUCUUCUAGUCUACUCACAGACUUCAUGUUUAUAUUUGUCUUUUUAAACAGUAAUACAUGUUUUUGUCAUGAAUUCACCAAUUUACUUUAGACAAUACAAAUAUAACUACGGUUGUGAAGUAGUGAUCAGUUCUUGGUUGACAGUGGUUGUUUUUUAAUCUGACAUGUGAUGUAGCAUGUGUUAUAACUAGUAGCCAUAUCUUUCCAUGUCUGGGCACAUUUUUCAAGAAUUUACAAGUUUCUUUCAGCAAGUUACAUUUUUAUGUAUAUUGUAGCAUAAAAGUAUUCUUGUGUUUAUAAAACGUUUUUUCUAAUAGAAACACUUAGACAAUCCUGGUGAAAAUUGGUGCAGUUUACUGUAUGUGGCUUUAAACCUAUUAAAACAAGUGUUUCAAUAGACCAUUUUUAUACCUUACCAUGUCUCUAGAAGUAGCUCUUUCUGUGGUCACCUUGUUCGUUUCAUCCAUGAUAACAAAAUAAACUUGAUUUUGUUUU